UCAAUACGCUGUAACAAUCUAUAAAUCUUAUAUUGCCGAUGUAAAAUUAUUCCUUUAAACAGUUUGCCGCGGAAAAAUUGAACAUUAAAUACAACGAUUCUGCAACCUGUUGAAAGUCGAGUAUCGACGAGGUAGAUCACAUUCGAUUCAAUACUUUUCGAUAACAUCGUUGUUGUUAGCCUAGAGGUACAACUGGAGUGAAAUCUUAGGCUUGAUUUUAUUUACAAACGUAGCAUAAAGUGUCAUAAGCAUGGAAUCCCAUUAUUUUUAAUGUUUCUCUGCAAGAUGACGUCCACCCUGUCUCGGUUUCUCGUAUUAGAUAACAUAUUUUGUUAGCCUUAAAACAAGGGGUUAGGUUUAUACCGAUAAGCCACAGAAAAAAGCUAUGGAGUUUAUAAUAAAUCGACUAAAAGCUCUUGUAGUACUUCUCCUGGGAAUAUUCAGACGAGCCAUGUGUUGUCUUCGACGUCGACGUAGAUCAUCCUGCGAUUCAAUCCCGUUGUCAGCGGUUGGUGUGGUUCCAAGUACUACAAACAACACAGCAGAAUCAGAGCAGUGGGAUCAAUGGGAGGAAAAUCCCGUUGUUGUUGUGCCAGACAAACCAGUGAAUACGAUACAAGCUAAAAUCGAGCAAUAUAGACAGCAAGCAUCUAAGCCGACCGACGAGUCAGAAGAGCAACAAGCGAAUUUCUUCGAGGACAUGACGCCGAGGAUUACCAGACAAACUAAAAUUUUAGUAAAAGAUAAGAAGUCAGAAACUGUUUCAUGGAAUUCUUCGAAGUUUGCCAUAAUUAAUGAUCCUAUAUUAUCUAACGAACUCGAAGAAUGGGAAGACAAUACCGUUGGCUGGGAGGAAGAAACAUCGAAGGAGUUUGGAGAUCCUAUAAAAACAUUGAGAGAACAGAAGAGGCAGGAACGAGAACAGAGACUGUUCGAGCAACAACAAAAGAGACUCGAACGUAAUUCCAGACCACAGCCAUUAGGAGCAAAACUAACAUCUUGAUGAGAAAGAUUACGGCCGUAACAUUUUUUUAUGACAGAUCAUACAUUUUUAUCUAUCGACGUCCAUGCAUAAGAAUUCUUCGACGUUGCAUGGAACGUCGUACAAAGCCAAGAAAUCAAAGAGUAUUAUAAUUUACGUUAUCGGUAACUGUUACGUUCUAUUGUACAUUUUAUUCAACUAUAUGAUGCAGAGCAGACAUACCGCGGAAAUAUUUCAUUUAAAGCGUUGAGAUUUGUAUUCUCAUCUGUUUGUUGAUUAUACGCUGCAUAUGAUGCAUUUAAACUAUUAUUUGCUGUUCAAUUGACGAGCUCGUAGUAGUAUUUAACAUUGUGAGAAGCAAUGGAUUUUUACCUUUAACGAUGUUGUAUUACGACAUAACGCAAACGCAAAGGGCGGUUUCAUGUGUGCAAUUUGUGCGGUCUUUAUAUGAAUUCUUUGUAAAACGAUAAAAACAUAUUUGCCUUUUAUUUUCGAAAUGUUCUUCGCAUUUAAAAGCAUUCCGUGUAAAUAGCCCAACAUAAUGCUGUUUAGAAUCUCUGUUUCCAUUCUAAUUUGAUCGAAAACAAUUUUUUAAUCUUUACAAUGUAUCGAUCUCUGAAUUUUUUAACAGAAUCUAAACAGUUUCUAUAUCUAUAAAUAUAUUAUGAUUUUACUGGGAGCUGAUAUUGCAAUGAAAAUAGGCAACUAAUGCUAUAAAAGGACGGUGAUUUUUAUCAUGGCUCCAAAAUUUAAACUAUGUUCGUUUAGUUUCUAGUGAUACAAAAUAAAUCGUGGUGUUAAGUAUGUUAUAGUACCAAUUGUAUAAUUUUUUUUACAUAUUCAACAUGCAACGUCGUGUAAGUUCACCUUAACUCAUAAAAAUAUGCAAGUGGCGAUGGUCAUUAGACCGAAUAGCGAUAAUAAAUGACCGUGCCAUUUUUCGACGUAUGUACCACCCGGUACUGCGUGUCGAUAAAAAGUAUAUGACCGAA